AUGGGGAACAGGAACAAUGUGACAGAGUUUAUUCUCCUGGGGCUUACAGAGAAUCCGAAGAUGCAGAAAGUCAUAUUUGCUGUGUUUUUCAUCAUCUACAUUGUCUGUAUCACAGGAAACACGCUCAUUGUGGUCACUAUCAUCAACAGUCCACUCUUGCGGUCCCCCAUGUACUUCUUCCUGGCUUAUCUCUCCUUCAUUGAUGCCUGCUAUUCCUCCAUCAACACCCCCAAGCUGAUCACAGAUUCCCUCCAUGAAAGGAAGACCAUCAGGUUCAAUGGAUGUAUGACACAAGUCUUCGGGGAACAUUUCUUUGGUGGAGCUGAGGUCAUCCUACUUACAGUAAUGGCCUAUGACCGCUACGUGGCCAUCUGCAAACCCUUGCACUAUACAACCAUCAUGAACCGAAGGGUGUGUGGCCUCCUCGUAGGAGUUUCCUGGGUGGGUGGCUUUCUUCAUGCAAUCAUACAAAUGUUUUUCAUUAUCCAGUUACCCUUCUGCGGCCCUAACAUCAUAGACCACUUUAUGUGUGAUCUAAACCCAUUGCUCAAUCUUGCCUGUAGCGACACCCAUACUCUUGGACUUUUUGUGGCUGCCAACAGUGGAUUCAUCUGUCUGUUAAACUUCCUUCUCUUGCUGGUUUCCUACGUGGUCAUUCUGAGCUCCCUAAGGACCCACAGCUUGGAAGGCCGACGGAAAGCCCUGUCCACCUGCAUUUCCCACAUCACAGUGGUUAUCUUUGUUCCCUGCAUAUUUGUGUACAUGAGGCCUGCAGCUACUUUACCUGUUGAUAAAGCAGUGGCUAUAUUCUAUACUAUGAUAACUCCUAUGCUGAAUCCGAUAAUCUACACCCUGAGAAAUGCCCAAAUGAUAAAUGCCAUUAUGAAAUUGUGUGGUAUACAAUCUAUAUUAAGUGAUAAAUAA